AUGAUAAGAACAACUUUUAUUUUAUCGUUGCUCAUCUUAACCACACUAAGUAAGGAGAUUAAAGAUGAAGAUGGAAUUAAAUUAAAUGCUACAGCCUUAGAAAAACGACUUGAAGAAGAGGUUAUUCCAAGAUUCAAAGAACAUAUUGUUAGAAUCAAUAAAAGACAGCCACAAAUUAAACAAGAAUUGAAUCUUAAAAUAAAAAAAUUAACAAAAUCAUUAGAAAAAAUUAAAAAAAGAAUUGAAGAAAUUAAAGUAAAUAUGCAAAAAUCAAUUAACAAAAUGGAAGUACAAGACAAAAAAAGAAAAGCUGCUAUUCAAAAAUAUGAAAAAUUUAAAAAAGAAAAAGCUAUAAAUCAAAUGAAAUUAGCUGAAGAAGAAAUGAAACAAAUUACAGACAAAUGUACUAAAACAGAAAAUAUAUUAAAGAAAAUGCAAAAUAAUCAACAAAGAUUAGUUAAAACAGCUGAAAGAAUUAGUAGUUUAUUAAGAAUAAAAAGAAAAGCAUUAAGAAAAAGUGAUGAAAUAAAGAGUAUAAGAAUUAAAAGAAAUACAGAUAAAAUUAAUGAAAUUAAUCAACUUAUUAAACAAUAUAAAAACACACAUCUUUUAGUUAAAAAUAUUAAAGACACUUUAAAAGCAAAAAAGAAUUCAGGAAUAUUAGAUCAAGAGUAUAGUAGUUUAAAAAGAAAAUUUAAACAGUAUCAAAGAAAAGAAAUUACUGCUGUUAAUCAAUUGGAAGAUAUGCUUAAAGCUAUGACAAUUAGACAAGAAGCUAAAAGUAAAUUUAAAGAAGUAAAAGAAGUAUUAAAUGAAAAAGUAAAAGACGUUAAAGGACAAAUUAAAAGAGACAAAGCUAUUUUAAGAAGAGUUACUAUUAAGAAAAAUAUAUUAAAAAGAAAAAAGAAUUCAGCUACAAGUAGUGUUGAAAAAACUGAAGCUAAAAAUGGUAUGAAACAAAUUAACUCUGAACUAAAAGGAUUAAAAAUUAGAGUUAGGCAAAACACUCUAAUGUUAAGAGCUCUUAAAAGAAAAAUUAAUAGAGCUACUAUUGCAUACAAUGCUAAGAAAAGAAAUAUUGAAGGUAGAAUCACUAGACAAAGAAUGAUUGAUCUGAAAGAUGAAAGAGAUAAAUUAAGAUCAACAAUUAAAAACUUAAAGAAAAGAUAUAAUAAAAUUGAAAGAAAAGUAUUAUUAAAUGAAGAAUCACCAGAAAAGAUUUCUGAUUUAAAAAAGAGAAUGACUGAAAUAAUAAAUGAAAUUAAAGAUACAAAAGACAAAUACCAAAAUGCACAAAAUGGAAUUCAUCAAUAUUUUGAAGAACGUAGAAAGAAAUAUGAAGAAAAGAAAAAACAUAUUACCACGAGAAAAUCUAUAUUAGAAAAGAGAGUAGUUGUGUUGAGAAGAAUUAUGACAUUAAAUGAAAAGAAAUUAAGACAAGAAAAUAGUAGAGGUAAAAGACAAGUUUUAUUAAGAAAAAUUAAAGUGUUAUCAAGAAGAAUUAGAAGAGUUGAUAGAAGUAUUAAAAAUAUUAAUCGUAGAUUAAGAAAUUCAAUUAUUCGUGCAAGUAAAAGAAGUGAAAGAAAAGUUAUUUUAUUUAGUAAAAAAGAAAGACUUAUUAAGAAGAAAUUAGCACGAUUAGUUAUUAGAAGGAAAAAAUAUAAUAGUUCAGAAAAAUUAAUUAAAUUAAUUCCUCAAAUUGAUAGAUUAGAAAAAGAAUAUAAAGUUGAGCUAAAACAAGUUAAAACUCUUUUGAAAAAAGCAGAACAACAAGCUAAUUCUAUGGAAGCUGAAGUUAAAGAAAUUAAUAAAAUUAGAGAGGAAGAAGCUAAAAUCAGAGAAAGAAAUUUGAAAAAGAGAAUUCAUGUUGUUCAAAAUAAAUUACAAGUAUUAAAUGGUAGAAAAGGAGGAAAAGUUAAUGACAUUAAAGCAAUGUUAAAGAUGAAAAUUGAAAGAAUGAAAAUUAGAGCUAAUAAGAAUCAUCAAAUUGCCUUAGAAAAAAAGAGAAAGGUUGGAAUUUCCAGAUUAAAUAAAGUUUUGAGAGGUGGACUUAAAAGAAUUAAGAAAAUCGUUUUAUUAAAACGACAUAUCAAUACUCUUAAAGAAAGAAUAUCCCAAGCACAAAAAGUUAUGAGAGAGUUAGGAAAUAUUGUCAGUAAUGGAGAUAUGAAAGAAAAAAUUGAAACAAAGAGAGAUGAACUAAAAACAAGUAUUAAUUUAAUGACUAUUAAAAAACAAAAAGAAGAAUUUGUUUUAAGAAAAGCAUCAUCAUCAUUACUUAGAACUGCUGGUGUUAUUAGAGGAAUUUCUGAAGCCACUAUUCAAUCUCAUCAAGUCCAACAUGCCAAAUUAAUUGUGUUAAAAGAUAAAUUAGAAAAAGAAAUAAACCAAACUCUUGUCAAUGGAGAAGAAGAUAAUGAAAAGAAAAAUCAAUUAUAUGAUACAAAUAAUGAAAUUAUAAAGACUGCAGAUGCUAUUAAUGAACUUCAAAUUCAAAUGGGUAAAUUUAGUGAUUUAGUAAUGAAGGUUACUCAAGGUGUUGAUGAUGGAAUUAAACAAAAAAGUCAAUGUGAGAUGUGUACUAAAUUGGCUCGUGUUGCAUUAAAGAAGAAAAAAUAUGAUGGCUUUAGUACUAUUGUUGUAAUGAAAUCAAUGGAUAAUCUUUGCCGUAAAUCAAAAUAUCCAACCUCUUGUUACAGAACUUUAAUACAACUUGGUUCUCGUGUGUUUGAAGAAGGUGCUACACCUAUAACUGCUUGUAGCCAAAUUAAUAAGUGCUAA